GGUCACAAAUAAUGACGGACAAUGUGCGGCCAUCUAAAUUGUCCCCUGUCAGACUGAAAUAAGCUGCAUUUUUAGAAGUAAAUUAUAUACAUUUGGAAAAUAUAGAAUGAAAUGUUCUUCGGCUUUUAUUGCAGUGGAGUACACCACUUACUUUUCCUGUCUAGUCGAUGUUCAAACGUUUUAAGUGUUAAAUGCAGACAAUUUCUUCAUCGACAGCUAGACCGUGAUAUUCAUAAACACAAGGGAUAUAAAACACACGGAGGUACUGGGAAAUGUGUAAAAACUCAGGGGAACACCCGUCCUCGGCGGCAAGUGUGUGAACGUGUGCUGGAGCACUUCGAUGAGCUGUACUAUGCGGAGCUCGGUCAUGUGUGGGCUAAAGCCAGGGAGGUGCUGCUGCAGCCCCAGUGCUGGCAGUACGCGGUGAUGCUGAACCGGUUCCGUCUUUCCCACAAGCUGCAGCAGCAGCUACAGACCCUGGGGUAUUCCAGCCUCCUGCCCGAAGGCUCCAGCUCCCUGCAGUGUUUUAUUCACCAGGAGCCCCUGAGGUUCCCCUCCCAGCAUUAUCGGCCUGGACAGCUCAAGCAGUACUACCUCCUGAAUGCAGCCUCCCUGCUGCCAGUGCUGGCCCUGGGGGUGAAGGACGACGAAACUGUGCUGGAUAUGUGUUCGGCUCCUGGUGGCAAAGCAGUGGCAAUCCUGCAAAGUGCCAGCCCAGGUCUAUUGCUUUGCAAUGAAUUGGACUGUCAGCGGUGGAAAUGGCUGGCUGAGACGCUGGAGUCCUUCGUCCCCAAAGACUUGAGUGAUGUUGUCAGGGUUUCUAAUCUAGAUGGAAGACUCUAUGGACAGAUCGAACUGGGAGUAUAUGACAAGGUGCUGGUGGAUGCUCCGUGUUCCAAUGACCGAAGCUGGCUCUUCUCCUCCCAGCCUGACCGAGCUGCAGUUCGGAUACAGGAACGAGCAACAUUUCCCAUCCUGCAGGAACACCUACUCAGGUCGGCCGUGGCAGCCCUGCGGCCCGGAGGGGUGGUGGUGUACUCCACCUGCACGCUGUCCCAGGCAGAGAAUGGAGGCGUGGUGCGCUCGCUGCUCGCCUCCUGUCCCCACGUCCAGCUCGAGGACCUUGGCGCUCUGAAGGACGGCCUGUCGCAGGAGUUUGCCUUCGCUCAGGCCGACCCCCACGGCCUCCUGGUCGUUCCUGCACACGGCAGGACCUGGGGACCCAUGUUUGUGGCCAAGCUGAGAAAAAUUCACUGAAACUCCAGUUCCAUCCAAGCAACCAUUUUCUAACCGCUAACCUCCGAUUUAGGGUCACUGGGGAGCCGGAGGCUAUCCCAGAAAACCAGAGGGCACAAGGCAGGGUACACACAGACACAUUCUCACCAUGGCCAAUUAAUCUACUGUGCCUGUAUAUCCUUAAACUGUGGAAUGAAACCAGAUCACCCAGAGAAAACCCACAUGAACACUGGGAGAACAUACAAACUCCACACAGAUAGAAUCUCGGGAAUUGAACCCAGCACUGCAAGACAGCAAUGCUAACCACUGCACUGCCCCCCCACCUCCCCAAAACUUCAACUCCUGGUUUCAGAUUUUUCCUUGCAUUUUUUACCUUGUCUCUAAACUCUAAAGUAUCCUUGCAAAAUAAUCUGAUUUAUAUACUGUAUCAGUGUUGUCUUGUUAGCUGGUAAUACAUUUAAAAUAUAUCAAGUGUAUUGUAUGGGAUUUUCUGUUGUUUUUUUGUUAGUGCUUUUUGCCCUGGUCUUCUGCAACAGAAAAAAACAGCAGUGCUGAGCAGUGAUUUCCAGUGUUUCUCAAAUAUGUUCUUUCUUUCAGACAAGAUUAAGGACUGUUAAUAUGUUAAAACAGUAAUUGUUGUGUUUUUUUCCCUAAAUAAAGAAAUAGAUGCAGCAACGGAACAUCAGCUAAAAAACACACAACAGCAUAUGGAAAAAUCUGGAUUAAUAAAAUAAAACAGAAUUAUGACAAGCUUAAUGAUUGUCGAAAAAACCAAGCCUACUGCUGUGAGACUGAUAAAGUGAGAAAGAGCAGUUGAUCUAAUAGGACUUGUUUCAAAUUUCUUCCACCUUUUUUUUUAGUAAGGUAUGUGUAGGAGACAUUUCCUUUGUCUGGGAGGGUGUCUGGAAUAAACACAGUGGAGGCCAAAUGGAGUUCAGACAUUAUGGUUUGCAGUACAAUGUUAACAACACACACAGACAUGACUUAUUUCCACGCUUACUCAAAGCAACACAGUCCUGCUCCUCUCAUUCACUCAGGGCACAAGCAGUGGUGCUGGGGAAUGACACUGUUUUAACUACUGACAGUUACAUCAGUCUUACUAAGUAAAUGUGAAUUUACACAGCUGUGUAGCCACUUGUCCUUAAUACCUGUGAAACCUGAAAACUGUCUGGUACCUGCCACAGUAUCAGGCUACUGCUUAAUUCUACAUUCCUGAAGUAGUCGGUUUAUGUUAUUUUAACCAGGCUGCAUUGUGUCCACAAAGCAAUUAUGGCAGUAAUAUUUGUAUAUUAUUAAUUUCUAGAACAACAGCAAAUGUGACACUCUCCCUUCAGUAUGACGAAAUCUUACAAAAUCAGUUCUUUAGGUGCUGCGGAUUUUGUACUACUAUGAAGUGAACUAAACUGCCUCUCAAUUUUCUUUUUCAGCAGUUCCUUUUGGGUACUAGACAGUAUGUUUAGCCAGAACAAACUAUACAUGUUGUCAAACCCAAAACCUUGCCUUCUUUCAUCAAUUGGCUGCUAGAAAACAAAGGUUAAAUGACCUGUAUUCAAUUAAGCUUUCUUAUAUUCUUGUUUCUGUAGUCAGAAAGCCAACAACACAAACAUGACUUUUCGAGAUCUAAUAGCUACUGUAGUUUUUUUUCCUCAUUGGCAUUGAAAAUCCUUGACAUCAUAAAGUUUGUCCUCUGUCAACUUCAUAUCUGUUUUUGAAAGCUGAAGGAAAUGGUGUCAGCCUAUGUUUUUUUUUCACUCUCUUGUCACAGUUACUGAAGUGUGGAAUCAAUACAGAGGAAUCUAAACUCACACUGUGAAGCUAUGAUUUUUUUAACCAUGUUUAAUAAAAUGGCAGAACACAGCUCAACGUUUUCUUUUCA